CUGCCAUCUCAGUCUCGACGUCGGGAACGUCUGCAAACGUGUUCCGGAACACGUGGUUCAAGAUCCCUGCUCCAAUCGCGUCACCCAUCACGUUGAUGGCCGUGCGGAAUCUGUCCCUGUACAAAGGGAAGGUAUGCGAGGCCAACCUUUAAUAUAUGGUUUUUUGUAACCACCUCCACGGUUUCGACAUGCGGUCUUUUUCUGGAAAACAGAACCAGAUGGAACUUAGCGGGGUACCGGAAUCAAGAGUUAUUGCCCACAAUAACGUUCGUCGAGAUCAAGUGUGUGGUCCGAUAUCUUACCAGUGGAUAAUGCCGCAGUCUCCGCCGGGUAAUGGUGCGGCAUCAGCAGUACAAGAAGACCCAGGUCUGCUCUGCUACAUUUUGAAACCAUCACUAACACGGACCUACACACCAGAGGCAGCAGCAACAACAGCAGCAACAACAACAACAACAGCAGCAGCAGUCUGCAAGCAAGCGCAGCCAAAACCUGAUUCAGGACUGCAAACGUGUGAAUUGGUGAAACAAGAACCAAUGGCAAUGAGCAGAAACUGUGUUCAACCAAAAUCAAAAUCACACUCAGAGCAGGAAUUAUUGAUGCAGCCAGAUUUAGAACCAGAUGCCAUAAACUCUAAGAGACGCUGGCAGAAAAUAGACUCGGCAACGAGGCGGAUAUCCUACAGUUGGGUGCAUCCCGAGCAGGAGCCCAAGGAGAUAAUGCACAGCGGGGUGACUUGCGAGUGCGAGCUAUGUACAUCGGCGAGAAAUUUCAUUUGGGUGGACCCAAAGAUUGUAACCUACUGCCUGUCUAAGCGGAGACCCAACACAUCGGAGAGCAGAUCCUGCAAAUGCUGAAACAGAACUCGUGUUUGGUUAUUAUGAACAUGUUGCCAGUAUACCACAUGUGUUGUUUUCUUCAUAUAUUGUUGGUUUUUAAGUUCUCCAAUCGUGUCAGGAAACUAUGAAAUUGUUGCCAGUAUACCACAACAUGUGUUUGUUGUACGUUAUUGCUUUUUAAGUUGUCCAAUCGUGAUAGGAAACUAUGAAAAUGUUGCCAGUAUACCACAACAUGUGUUUGUUGUACGUUAUUGCUUUUUAAGUUGUCCAAUCGUGAUAGGAAACUAUGAAAAUGUUGCCAGUAUACCACAACAUGUGUUUGUUGUACGUUAUUGGUUUUUAAGUUGUUCAAUCGUGUUAGGUGACUAUGAACAUGUUGCUAGUAUACCACAACAUGUGUUGUUAUUUUUUUACAUUGUUUUUUGUUUUUUUUAAAUUGUCCAAUCGUAUCAGGUAAUUAAAAAAAAAAUUGUUUGCCAGAAUAUCACAACAUGUAUUUGUUGUCUUAGUCUACAUUGUUGGUUUUUAAUGUCUACAAACGUGUUUGGUAAUUAUGAACAUGUUGCCAGUAUUCCAAAACAUGUGUUUGCUGUUUU